UCGAAUGAUUUAUUUCCAGCUGUGCCUCUUAAACGUCUCUCCGUGAGAUGUGCAUUGGCACUGCAUAUUCAAUAAACGACAGGACAGUAACUCAGCUGGAGCGAAAAAGCAGAGUAGUGCCUCUGAACAACAAAGCCAACGGCCCCAUCCCUCGCAAUAAAUACCGCCAUUCGUCUGUCUUUCUAUCCGUUCUGAGUUUAUUUUGAUCAAAACGAUAACUCGGUCUGCAUUUUAGUUGAUAGCUUUACCAUUUAGGCUUCAUUUUGUUUUGAUUGCUGCAUUUAUUGGCUGUUAUUUUGCAUCAUAUUAUGUAAUGUGUAAGUGGAAAUUAUGGCGCUGAUGACAAACAACAUAAUUCUGCCCUCCGCUCCUUCUCCGGGCGCCCGGAUGGUAGGUUGCGGUUGGGCCCCCUCCGAACCCAAUUACUACUCCUUGGACCCCCUGAGUGUCAUAUGUCUCUUAGACAACGGACUCGUCGUGGAAGCAGACAUAGGCAAACACACUACCUUCAAUCAGUUGUACGAAAUAACGAUGGCAUUAGCCAAGCAGUCCCCCCUCUAUUCGGCCGCCCAUUUUGAGGGGGUGGAGUUCACGAUGUUAUAUUACACGCAGUCUGGCGAGGAGAAGCAUGGAUUGACGCAUGAGACUGUGUUGUCGACACUCGAGGGCGAGAACUUCGGCGGACCCUUGCUAGGAGUGGUCAAGUUUGAAAAGAAAUCCUCAAGUUUCGACGAGCAUUCACGCAUGGCGUCUAUACUGCAUUGUGACGUCGAAGAUAUCCAAGCUCUGCUGCAGCUGGAGGAUAAGAGCGACCGGAAGGAGAUAGAGGUGGAGGUGUUCCAGUUCAGACGUCACGCCAGCGUCGUAUCUCUGGCAGCUGUGCUAGACAGAAUACACUCAGUGAAGAGAGAGAAGACCGUACCACACAAAUACUUGGCGUUCUUGACAACUGUGUGUCCUCUCACACUUCCAACAAUACCAAUCAGAAUGGACCAGGAGCUUGAGCAGCUUCUGAGAUCGAAUGUGCGACACAUCGAGCUGAUACACCUGGAAAGCAACGGCGAAACAAGCAGCAACAGUUGUGUCGCCUCGCCCCUCGUCAUCCCAGAUAUGGACUACCUGUCGGCCACUGUCUCCGACUUGUUAUCCAAAGCCACCCCUCUUGUAGACCCGUCCGCCUCUUCAGAUGCGUCUUCAGUGGGUCUCCAAAACAGCAGUAGUCUAAAUGGGUUCUCAACUAGUAGCAGUGGAAGUAGCUCCAUGUAUAACAGAUAUAAUAGGAACGACAACCUCCUCAAGUCAUCAAGAUUCGUCAUCAAAGUGUUCGGCUGCGAGAUAUACCUCACAGAAGAUGUGCUAUUUAUUGAGGUGCCAGAGAUAGUAUCACAGUUGACGCAGCAGCUGUACGACAGAGGAGCGAGUGUGGUGUUGCGUCUCAUCCUGUGCGAGAAAGCAGACGUCGUUAACAAGUACAACUUCGAUAAGUUCCAGCACUGCACGGACAUGGCCAAUGACCUGGCCCACAAAAAACAGGACUUGGAGAAGGCCGAGAAGCGUCAGCAGCAGCAGAGGAAUAAGAAGACGGUUUCCGUGUCUUCAUUGGACAUGGGCGAGAGGUACACGUUUCACCCCUCAGCCGUUAUGCUCGGAGACGAAGUUGAGGCUGAGCUCAAAGGAGAGAACUAUUGGGUGACAGUGAACAGCUACCUGACAUUUGGGGACACAAUUGUUACUCAGGUCACCUUCCCCACCAAGAAGAAGAACGAGGCCCAGUGGGCCCUGCAAGAGGGGGGAGGGGGACACAGGCCCUCCACCCACGUACAAGGCAGAACAGAAGUACCAGUGUGCUCACUGCCAAGGUCGGCAACUCUGUGUUUCAUAGUGACGAUAUCAAAGACCGAGAAGCCCUCGCAGUACGACUACGUGAAGAAGUUCUGGGCUAAUUUUUGUGUGUUCGACCACAAUGAACUGCUCAAGUGUGGUCCCAACAAUCUGCACUUGUGGGAGAUGCCUCAAGACAGUAUCGCACUAGACCAGCCGAACCUCACAGGAACAACGAUAGACAACUUCCGGACGUUCCAGAAGAAACACGAGUCUGGGGUCAGAUUGGUGAUCAGUUGCAUGUCCCACAAGACACACAAACACCUGUACAGAUUCGAGAACCCCCUCUCAAGCGGACUCAACGUCCAAUGGCUGAGCAAGAUCAACAAACUCACCCAUGUUUCAUUAUGGCACCUAUCGAACAUCGACGAAAGACCUCUGGAAGAGAAAGUUUGGAUAUUCAAACAAGCUGUAGAGUACUAUUACCAAGGGCUGCCAGAUACAAAUAUUUUCUGUGGCCAGAGUUUACUACUUUGGCUGCCUCAGAUAGUCAAAUGUGUGGAUUUCUCAGACGCCGAUAUGGUCCACAAUCUGAAACUUAUCCUCGAAAAGUGUCAGCCUGCGGGUGAACAUGCAUUGAAGACAGACCAGUGCCUGGUGCUGUUGGGGUUCCACUGUCAAGACAUCGAAGUUCGAAAGUUUGCAGUCCAGCAUCUGGACAAAAAGCCAGUAUCUGAGUUGAAGAACUACUUGCUGCAGAUUUGCGAGUGUCUGAAGUUCGAAAGGUACUUGACAAAUGACCUCACAGAAAUGCUGCUGAAGAAAAGUUUCUUUGAUCACUCCUUUGCGCAUGCUCUAUUUUGGAACCUGCGAGUGUUUCUGUUCGAUGAACACCACUGGCUGCGUACGUGCUUGAUCAUAGAAGCGCUGUUUUAUGGAAUCCCGGACUAUCAGAGUUUACUGGAGAAACCCCUUACGGUGAUGGAGAAGUUGAAGGACAUAGGUGGUAAGCUGAAGAAGUUGGAGAAUGCGUCGGUGGAGAAACAGUCGUUCAUCCUGCAGGAGUUCCUCCAGGCCAACAGUCCCGUGCUGCAACACUUCCUCUGUCCACUCUGCCCCUCCAAGUUCCUCUCUUUACUACAGCCCACUGAGUGCAAAUGCAUGAAGAGCAAGAUGAAACCAAUUCGGUUAGUGUACCACGUGGAAGAAAGUGUUAGUGCACUGCAGCAGCAAAACAACAACAACAGUCUGAAUAAACAAAUAAACAACAACAGUAGCAAUAGCAGACUCUCAUCGUCCGCUUCGCUUGUGUCAUGGAAUGGGGAUAGUGGCAGGGGGUCCAUGUCUACACUUGUAGGGGGAGGGGGAAGCAGCAGCAGCAGUGGCAUGUGCUUUGAACUCAUGUUCAAAGUGGGCGAUGAUCUAAGACAAGAUGUGCUCAUACUGCAGAUGUUCUCCUGCUUCAACUCGUUGUGGCUAAAGCACGACCUAGACUUGCGUCUUCUAUCCUACAAAUGUUUGGCUGCAGAAGUGGACAGUGGUCUGAUUGAGAUGGUGCAGAGUGCCAGUACAAUUAGCAAGAUCCAGAAGUGGUACAACGAGGAGAAGAAGAAGGCUUUCGGAGCUGUGUCGGCAGCAUGGAGCAAGGAUGCCAUAUACUUGUGGCUAGCCUCAGAUAUACACAAUGCUAAUAAACCAUUGCCUGAAGACGUGGUUAAGAAAGCGGUGGAGGAGUUCGUGUUUUCGUGUGCCGGCUCAUGUGUGGCCAGCUAUGUCUUAGGAAUUGGAGACAGACACAAUGACAACAUCAUGGUACACAGGUCUGGCAGACUGUUUCACAUAGACUUUGGCCACAUUCUGGGUCGGAAGAAGCAGAAGUUUGGCAUCAACCGGGAGCGGGUGCCUCUCAUUCUGCCCGCCUCCUUCAUGUACAUCAUCAACCGCGACUUCGAGUCCAAUGACCAGAACCCCUCCUACAGAGAGAACUUCAAGUCCUUCCAAAAUCUGUGCAUUAAGGCAUUUCUGGUGCUGCGUGACAAUGUUGACAUGGUGUGCAACAUGCUCUACGCCAUGAAGAAUGCAGGCAUGCCUGAGUUGAAGAGUCUCUCGGAUGUGAACUACGCGAGGGAGACACUGUUCGUGGGCGACAGUGCCGAGGAGGCGGAGAGGAAGUUCGUCCAGAAGAUCAACGAGUCCAUCAAGAGUUCCUGGACUACAAAUGUCAACUGGGCAUUCCACAACAACAAAAACUGGAGGUGACAUCACCCUAUUUGGACCACCAAACCCUCACGUGUCUACCCUAAAGUGUACCCUACUUUCGAAGAAAUUUAAGAGCAGAGUCCUUAAUGAAGGUGAACAGAUAAAACGGUGACCAGAUUUGACGAGAGCUCAGAGCAGAUGUUUUUGAUGAGCUGACAGAAAGCUUUGUGUGCUAUGAGACCAUGACAUGAAACUUGCUUUUUGAAACUAAAUUCUUUAAUUUAUCUAUUCGUUGUUUUUGACAGAUUCUCUUUUUUGAUAUUUAUGUACCUCCUAGUGCCAUUGUAAUUAAUACUGGUGACUGCAGAAUGUAUUGAAAUGAUAAUUAUGCACGAAUCAUCCAUGUU